AUGAAGCAGGAAACCUGUGCAGACAAACACAAUGAACAAACUUAUUCCAAGAUUGGGAACGUAAGGGCUUGGAAGACAGCGUCAUGGUUACCAUGGAAGCUCUGCUUGUUGAUUUUUGUGAUCUUGGCUUUGGUGGUUACCUUGUGGUUCACUGACACAAACAACUUAAUGUUACAUUGGAAGUUGCUUCACCCCAAGCACGUUAAUAACCUCAAAGGCAAUCCACACGUCAACUUCACACUAAAGAAAACCCUCGCGUUUCUGUCCCCGUUUGGAAAAGACUGGACGGAUCCCAGGAAGGAAUGCAGUUGUGAAAUUUGGGGACAGUCAACAAAUUGUGAACUUUCCUAUGACAAAAAAGACAUUGCAGCAGUCAAAGAAAGAAGAAAACUGGAAUAUGAGAAAUACCAAAAGAGGAAUGAGUUGCCUUUGAAGCAAGUAAUUAUAGCAGAAGCCAAUUCUCCUCUGAGCUACCCCAGCCAAGGGGUCGAAGUAAAGCCUUUAUAUUCCAUCGUCAUCCCAGGUUAGCAAACUCUAUUUCCUUUUCAAAAAUAUUCUGUAACCUUGAAAGCCUCACAGGGAGUAUUUAAUACAAUUGUUGAAGUCCCUGAAGAUUCGGUACAUGGAUCUGGUGAGAAAGAAAUGACAAUAACAAGCCCAAGUCUGGAUAUUGUCAACGCUAUUCUCAAACAUGUUACUUACACCAGCACUGUGUAUCACAUCAACUCGGCUGAUUUAGUGCAUUUUCAGUUCGAAAAUCACGAGGCUUUGUUUUCGAUCGCUAUAAGGCAGCCACCCAUGCCACACCUAUUCGAUCCUGGACCAGGCAACAACAUCAACAACUUGGUCACAGUAACAACAAAGACAUUCUUAAGAUAUAAUAAACUUCAGAUCUUAAUAAAUAGCAUUCAUCAGUUUUACCCAAACAUUUCAAUAAUCAUUGCAGAUGACAGUGCUAACCCUGAAAAAAUUGAAGGACCGAACAUUGAACAAUACUUCAUGCCAUUUGCAAAAGGCUGGUUUGCUGGAAGGAACCUGGUAGUUUCUCAGGUCACGACUAAGUACCUCCUUUGGGUAGAUGACGACUUUUUAUUCACCACUGAGACAAAAAUCGAGAAGCUGGUUGACGUUUUGGAAAAUACAAACUUGGACUUGGUUGGUGGCUCGGUGAAUGGAAAUCUUUUCCGGCAUAAACUGUGGCACAACGAGGGCAAUGAAGAAGGGGGUUGCUUGUUCCGACAGUCAGGCAUUUACAGAGUUUUGGAUGGAUUUCCAAAGUGUGGGUUAACCAGUGUGGUGGUAAACUUUUUUCUGGCCAGGACAGAUAAGCUACGGAGUGUUGGCUUCGAUCCUCUUUUGUCAAGAACAGGCCACACAGAAGCUUUCAUUGACGGUCUCGGUCGCAUUCUGGUGGGAUCGUGUUCCGAUGUCGUGAUCAGUCAUCAGUCAAAAAAGGUUGAAAACAUUGAUCAGAAUCAGAAAAAUAUUCAGAGUAAAUAUCGAAGGUUUAGAGGCGACAAUCAAGUCAAUCUCAAACAUCAUUUGUUUUAUUUCAAAAACCGGCUGAAAUGUUCUGUGUUUCAUUAACGGCGGAGAUGCUCAGGUGCCUUUUGGAUUCAACAAGCUCUGAAUAUGUACGAGCCUCGAAGCUCUGGGGGAUAGGGAGGAUAGCAUGAUGGGGUUUGGAUCUAAUCUGGUGAUGGACGUUUGCUAUUUGUUGUUUCUUUUGGUGAAACAGUCAAAAUAAUUAAUGUGUUUCUUUUCUUCUAAAUUUUGGAUGGGUCUGGUGUCCGGGUGCUCCGUCUACGUUCACAGCGAUGUGAGAAUAAAAUGAAAAUAAGAGCAA